CUCAGACAGACCUAUGGAAAUGUCUACAGUCUGUUCCUUGGUACCAGACCAGCUGUGGUCAUCAAUGGGUUGAAGGCCAUGAAGGAGGCCAUGUUGGUUAAAGCUACAGACUACGCUGGUCGACCUCAAGACAUGUUAACUGGUGAUGUAUUUCAGCGUAAAGGAGUAACUUUUGUCGAUUAUGGGCCUGUUUGGAAGGAACAUCGUCGUUUUGCAGUGAUGACUCUGAGAAAUUUUGGUCUGGGGAAGAAAUCCAUGGAGGAGAGAAUUCAUCAAGAGAUUCAGUUCACCGUUAAAACACUGGAAAAGAGCAUUGGUAAAAUUAUGAGUCCUCAGGUGAUGUUCCAUAAUGCAGCCUCCAACAUCAUCUGUAAGGUUCUGUUUGGGACCCGUUAUGAGUACGAAGAUGAAACCAUCAAAAAGGUUGUUCGAUGGUUUACAGAGAUGACUAAAAUAGCCAAUGGACCAUGGGCCAUGCUGUACGACUCAGUUCCAUAUGUUUCCUACCUGCCGCUGCCCUUUAAAAAGGCCUUUAAGAACAUGGAGCUGUACCUCGACUUUUCAAAUGGUUUGGUGAACGAGCACAAGAGGACCAGAACCCCUGGAGAACCUCGAGACUUUGUGGACUGCUACCUGGAUGAACUGGAUAAACAGAGAGAAGAUUCUUCAUUUUCUGAGGAACAGCUCAGAAGGAUCACUUUUGAUCUUUAUAUUGCUGGAACUGACACCACCUCCAACACCCUCCUGACUGGGUUUCUGUACCUCAUGAACCAUCCUCAGGUCCAAGAUCGAUGUCAGCAGGAGAUCGAUCAGGUUCUGGAUGGGAGGAAUCGGGUCAGUUUUGAGGACAGACACAACAUGCCUUACAUGCAGGCUGUGAUCCAUGAAGUCCAGAGGGUUGCCAACACUGCUCCUCUCAGUCUCUUCCACUGCUCCACUAAAGACACAGAGCUGAUGGGAUAUGACAUUCCUAGGGGUACCAUGGUCAUCCAGAACAUGGAAUCAGUGCUGAGGGAGGAGGGUCAGUGGAAGUUCCCUCACGAGUUCAAUCCUGAGAAUUUCCUGAACGAACAGGGAGAGUUUGUCAAACCAGAGGCCUUCAUGCCUUUCUCUGCAGGUCCUCGGAUGUGUCUGGGAGAGGGUCUGGCUCGUAUGGAGCUGUUCCUCAUGACGGUGACCCUGUUGAGGAAGUUUAAUUUACCCUGGCUGCCUUUUUAACAAUCAUUUUGUGAAGUGUCAUAUAAAGUUGUUGAGUUUGACAGAGUUAAAAUGAUGUUGAAAGUGUUAGCUAACAGCAGUGUGUAGCAUACUCUCCUCUCAUUGGUCAGUCAAUGAAACCUUUGCUGACUGGUUGUAGCACCAUGCAACAGCAACAAAAGUUUAACAUUUUUCAACUUUCAUAMGUUGCGUUCCAAGCUUGCGUGUGCACAUCUAUGUGUACAAGCGCAAAAUAUCACAUGCACGAGUUUCGCUGGUCGCUUGGCUGGAGCAGGGUGAGUGAUUGUCGCCUCAUCGCACAAGCUCCGUAGGAAAUGAAUGGAGAGAGAGCAACAUCGUCUCCUGUGUGUCGAGCAAAUUAGUUUUUCAGUUUGAAAGGCUUAAAAAAAGGCUUGUUUUCAUCAUAAAUACCUUGUUAGAGAAGAACCCAUUGAAUGAUUAUUUUUACUUGUACAAAAUAAAUCCAAUGUGUGGAAUGUUGAAAACGUGAUAAUAAAGAAUAUUCAAAAUAAAUUGUAGCCUUUAUAUUUUAAAUAUUGCUCAAAACCCAACACUGAAACGUGUUAAGUGUAGAUCUGCAGAUUAAUAAGUCAAACAUAUAAAUAAAUGUAAACCAGGGAGUGUUAUUCUUUACUAAACUAUUCUAUACCAAAUUGUAGGAAAAAUAUGRGUUGUUCAAAAUGGUAUGUCCGAAUAAAUAGGAAUCCGCAGGA